AUGGAGUCUUGGAAAGCCGCUCUCGUGUUCGGGCUAGCUCUUUUGGACGUAGUGUCCGCGUUGAACGAUGGCGUCGGGCUGACGCCGCAUAUGGGAUGGAGCAGCUGGAAUGUUGCACAAUGCAAUGCUGCAUCUGCCAGAUACGCACUCGACACAGCAGACAAGUUCAUCGCGCUCGGCCUCAAGGAUCUCGGAUACGAGUACAUCAACAUCGAUGACUGUUGGUCUACCAUGAACCGUGAUAGCAGUGGAAAGCUCGUGGCCGACCCGCAGAAGUGGCCCAACGGAAUCAAGGCUGUUGCCGACCAAAUCCACGCCAAGGGGCUGAAGUUCGGCCUCUACGGGUGUGCCGGCGUCAAGACUUGUGCUGGAUACCCUGGCAGUGAGGGCCGUGAGAAGUCUGACGUUGCUCAGCUUGUCGAAUGGGGCGUUGAUUUUUGGAAAUAUGACAACUGCUACACCCCGUGCCAGCAGAAUCCGCGCCCCCAGACUUGCCAGAACCCCAUCGGCAACACCAAGCAAUACUACGCCCCCAUGCGCGAUGCCCUCCUUGCCGCCUCCAACCAGCGCAAGAUCCACUUCAACCUCUGCAACUGGGGUCGCGACAGCGUCUGGACCUGGGGCGCCACCUACGGACACUCCUGGCGCAUGUCCGUAGAUAACUGGGGAGACUGGGCCUCCAUCGAGCGCAUUGGCUCCGCGGCCGCCGACAUCUACCAGUACUCGGGCCCCGGCGGCUUCAACGACCUCGACAUGCUCUACCUCGGCUCCUCCAAGAUCAAUGCCAACCAGGAGAAGCUUCACUUUGCCUUGUGGGCCAUCGCCAAGUCCCCUCUUGUUCUCGGCCUCGAUCUCAACACGAUUUCCAACCACACCCUCACCAUCAUCCGCAACAAGGGGCUUAUCGACAUCAACCAAGACCCCCUGGGUAAAGCUGCCACGACGUUCCGUCCUCCUGGAGCUCCGGCACCGGUCAAAGGGAAGAUCUACCCCUACUGGGCAGGACCCUUGUCCGAUGGAGUGGUGAUUGGCCUUGCCGCGGGGACCCAGGCAGGGAAAUAUGCAGUCGAGUUCAAGGAUGUGCCGGGGCUGAAGGGGCAGACAGUGUACGAGUGGAAGGAGAUGUACACCGGGCAGAGCGGGAGGGGCACGGGUGUUAGUUUUGACAUUGCGUUGCAUGAUAUGAGGGUCGUGAAGGUUUUGGUUUCAGCGGCUUAA